CAGACGUCGAAAACAACCACAAACGCCAACGAGCAACGAGCAACAACAACGAGCAGCAACUGAUCCGCGUGCCACAAAACAACUCGUUGAGUGUCCCAAAAAUCGAGUCGAGUCGAGGACGCAGCGCGUGUUUCUUGUGCUUACAGAAAAGAAUAAAUAAAUAUACAUAUAUAUUUAAGUAAAUAUAUAUAUAUCUAAGCAAAAAGUGCUGUCAAUUACUACACACAACAAUCGUUGCUAAUCGCUUGUGUUUUUAAACCUGAUCGCGUUGUUGUUGUUGUUUUUUGCAAUGUUUAGUUUUACGGGGCCCAGCAGCGACUGCUGCUGCUGCUGCUGCUGACCAAUGCUAAUUUGAGCGUGGCAACAACAAUUCUAACUGCAACAGACAACUAUUAAACACAACAACAAAAAAACAAUCAACGUAUCGAUUUUGCAAAGUCAACGACAAUAACAAACAACAACAGCGCCAACAACAGAGAAGGCUGAAGCUGACGGCUUACAAAACCCACAAAAUACAACAAAAUAAAAGUGUCAAUUACAACAACCGCACAACACACCCAAAUACCCAAACACACACACACAAAAUGAGCUGUAUACGUGCGCAAUCGGUGCUGCUGUUGCUGCGGCUAAUGUUGCUGUUGUUGUUGCUGCUGCUGCUGCUGGCGAGCGGUGCGCAAAGCACGCGCCUGCCGCUGGAGGUCUACGAGCUGACGCCAACGGCCAGCGUUGAGAGUCAAGAUGCCAAGCACAAGAGCUUGGAGUAUAGCAUCUAUGAUGCCAAAGAGCUAGCAGGUGCGACCAACACAGCAGCAGCAAGAGCAGCAGCAACAGCAACAGCAGUUGCUCCAACCACAACAACAACUAGCAGCACGGCGAGGCCAAGCAGCGAAAAGCCGCUAACUGUGGCUGUUGUCAGCAUCUCAGCGGAACAGCAAGAAACAGAGCUGGAGUCUGGAUUGCUGGCGGGUCGUCGUGCGCGCCAAAUGUUGCAGCAGCAGCAGCAGCAACAUCGACUCACCAGCAGUAGUAGCAGUAACAGCAACAGCAACAACAUAGUCAACAACAAGCACGCGCAUAGUGUCAAGGAUCUGCGCAUACUCUAUCAAGUUGGGGACUCUGAGGAUGAUUUGCCCGUGUGUGCUCAGAAUGCUGUGUGCUCCAAGAUCGACCUGUACGAGACGCCCUGGAUAGAGCGACAGUGUCGCUGCCCCGAAUCGAAUCGUAUGCCCAACUCUAUUAUAGUGCAUCACCAUGACCAUGGAGGACAUGGAACUGCACAUGGCCCGGGCGAGAAGUAUCGCAGCUACUUCGAGAAGGAGAAAUUGCUGCAACACAAGCGACUCCUGCUCGGCGAGUUCCAGGACAAGAAGUUCGAGAGUCUGCAUCUGAAGAAGCUGAUGCAGAAACUGGGCGCCGUCUACGAGGAUGAUUUGCAGCUGCAGUCGAGCGAUUAUUUGGAACGCUCCCCAGCCUACAAUGAAGCUCUGCCGCAAGCCUAUGAAGAACUGGCGGACAAUGAGUUGCCACACGCACCGUUACCAUCACGAAUUUCGACGCACAUGCGUCACUCAGGACACCGUGGCCAGAAGGAAGCGGCCAGCUUUAUUGGCGGCUGUCCGAGUAGUUUGGGCGUUGGGGAUGGACAUACAAUAGCGGACAAGACCAGGCACUACAAGCUGUGCCAGCCGGUGCAUAAGCUGCCAGUUUGCAAGCAUUUCCGUGAUUAUACCUGGACAUUGACCACCGCCGCGGAGCUAAAUGUCACCGAACAGAUUGUGCAUUGUCGCUGUCCCAAGAACUCGGUGACGUAUCUAACGAAACGUGAACCUGUGCCUAAUAGCAACACAGCCUAUCGCUAUCUCUUCGCCUGCUCACCGCUGACGCGCCUGCGCUGCCAGCGCAAGCAGCCAUGCAAGCUGUUUACGGUAAGAAAGCGUCAGGAGUUCCUGGAUGAGGUCAACAUUAACUCGCUAUGCCAGUGCCCCAAAGGACAUCGUUGUCCUAGUCAUCACACACAGUCCGGUGUUAUAGCGGGCGAGAGUUUUCUGGAGGAUAAUAUAAAUACUUACUCGGGCUAUUGCAUGGCCAACGAUUAAAUCUAAGCACAAGAAAUUCUAUAUAUAUAUGGGCUAUACAUGUAGGUUUAUCUAGGACUAUGCAUAUAAGUCGACUGAGCCAAUUGAGUCUCGCCAAGUUAACAAUUAAACUGAAAGGAACAAAACUAAAAAUUAAACACUACAACUACUGUAUGUAAUAUGUGUGUGUGUCUGUUGUGCAGAGGUUUUCUUGUUUUUUUUCUUAUGUAGUUGCUGCCAAAAUUUGGUCAUAUAUCAUAAUAUAAACCAUAUAUAUAAAUAAUAUA